AUGAUGAAAUUAAUUCAAGCCCAUAUAAAGCUCUUUACCAAGAGUUGUCUGAAUUGGGUUCGGGAUGUUUUGGCACAGUUUAUAAAGUCAGACAAAUUACAUCAAUUGUACUCGAGGGAAGAGAAUCGUUAUUAUAUUCAUAUGGAGUUAUGUUCCGGAAAUUUGCAGUCAGUCCUAUCAUUAAAAGGCCCGGCGUUUGGCCGCCAAUCGGCCGAAGAGGCCAUGAAUUUGUCGGAGUUUUUCAUUUCGUGCGAAAUAUUCGCAGAGCUGUUGGAAUGCAUACAAUGUUUGCAUGAUUUGAGUCCAGCAGUCAUUCAUCGGGACCUCAAACCCGAGAAUGUGUUGAUCGCCGCAAAUGACGGCAAAUGGAGAAUAAAACUCUGUGAUUAUGGAUUGACCGAAAUUUUUCCAAAUCUAUCUUUUGAUAGAGAUAUCGAGUAUUUAUCGCCCGAAGAAACUAAUGGACAAACUGUUGAUUACAAGACAGAUGUUUACAGUGCGGCCAAAAUCGCACAAAAUAUAUUUGAUAUGCAAUUAAUCAGUCAAUUAUCUGAAUUGUAUUCUUCAGACAAAACUCUAUCCAAAAGUGUGAGACUUAAUAUACGUUAG